CUUGUUAGGUGAGUUGGUGAAAUCUAAAAGUGGAGGCACUUCUCAUGGAUUCCAACAUACCGGGGUCUUUUCUGUUCAACAACAGCCUGAACCAGUUCUCCUCGGACUUAAAGGCACCUGUGUGUCAGUACUCAGUGCCCAACUCCUUCUACAAGCUCAACCCAGGCCUGAACAGCCAGCUGCAGGCAGCAGGCACACCCCACGGCAUCAGUGACAUCCUCAGCCGUUCCAUGAUGGGCGCUACGGGCACUACCACCCUGCUCUCUGGAUACCCUACCAUGGGGGGCUUUGGCACCGUGGCCACCCCGGGGGUCUACUACAACCGUGCAGACUACAACCCCUCACUGGGCGGCUUCACCAAGCCUGGCGCUGAGUGCCCCGUGAAGGGUCGCAGUGGCAGCUGCUGGGUAGAGAGCGGGUACGAGUGGAGAGGAGGGAGGCAGCAGUGCAAUAACAACAUUGGGCAUCUAGAGGAUAUUUCAGGCAGGAAGAAGCACACCAGACCCACAUUCAGUGGACAUCAGAUAUUUGCCCUGGAGAAAACCUUUGAGCGGACCAAGUACUUGGCCGGGCCAGAGAGAGCUAGACUGGCCUACUCCCUGGGCAUGACAGAGUCACAAGUCAAGGUGUGGUUCCAGAACCGCCGCACCAAGUGGAGGAAGAAGAGUGCCUCAGAGCCCAGCUCCACCCAGGCGAUGCGGGGUGAGCAGGGAGGGGAGGCCUCGGAGAACGAGGUGGAGGAUGAGGAGUACAACAAGCCUCUGGAUCCCGACUCGGACGACGAGAAGAUACGGCUGCUGCUGCGCAAACACCGCCGGGCUUUCUCUGUACUCCGCCUUGGACCACAUCACGUCUGACACAUACAUACAAAAGCUGCCACGCACACAGACACACACAUCAGAUGUGCAUGUUGUAGCAAGGGGUAGAAUUAAACACAUUUUGUAGUACAGACACACAACUAAAUAUUCAAGCAUGUUCAAAAUAAGGCACAUUUAUAAUACAGUACGUUUAAGGAGAAAAAAGGGUAACGGUUCACGUGAAGUGAUGCCUUGACGUACCGUAUUUGUAACCAUAAUGGAAACAGGGAAGAUGUUACCAUUAAAUGAUGGGUGAAACAGUUUAAAUUGAAAAUAGAAUUCAUCAAUGAGUUUCAAUGAGGCAAAUGGUUAACUGUUAUGUAGGAAACCCAUCAUGAUCUCUUAUCCUCAGCUGCACUAUGAUGGUUGCAUCAAACGUGAAAGGAAAUAGUUUCUCAUGUGUACAUACACAUUAUUGCA